UUCUCCCUGGCGUCGCGCAGAGCCGCUGGGGUGCGGUUUCUCACGGUCUCCCGCCGUCCCUGCCUAAUGAGCUGCACCAGAAUGAUCCAGGUUUUGGAUCCACGCCCUUUGACAAGUUCAGUCAUGCCAGUGGAUGUGGCCAUGAGGCUUUGCUUGGCUCAUUCGCCACCUCUGAAGAGUUUCCUGGGUCCUUACAAUGAAUUUCAAAGAAAAAAUUUUGUGAAUAAAUUGAAGCCUUUGAAACCAUGUCUCAACCUCAAACAGGAAACCAAAUCACAGAAUGAGUGGAAACACUCACACAACCAAGCCAAAAAGCGGGUUGUGUUUGCUGACUCCAAGGGCCUGUCUCUCACUGCUAUCCAUGUCUUCUCUGACCUCCCAGAAGAACCUGCAUGGGAUCUCCAGUUUGAUCUCUUGGACCUUAAUGAUAUCUCCUCUGGCUUAAAACUCCAUGAGGAGAAAAACUUGAUUUUAGAUUUUCCUCAACCUUCAACUGAUUACUUAAGUUUCCGGAACCACUUUCAGAAGAACUUAGUCUGUCUGGAGAACUGCUCUUUGCAAGAACGAACAGUGACUGGGACAAUCAAAGUGAAAAACAUAAGCUUUGAGAAGAGGGUUCAGGUCCGAAUUACAUUUGACACCUGGAAGAGCUACACCGAUGUGGACUGUGUCUAUAUGAAGAAUGUGUACAGCAGCUCAGAUAGUGACACCUUCUCAUUUGUCAUUGACUUACCUCCUGUCAUUCCAACUGAGGAGCAAAUUGAGUUCUGCAUUUCUUACCAUGCUAAUGGGCAGAUCUUCUGGGACAACAACGAGGGUCAGAAUUACAGAAUUGUCCAUGUCCAGUGGAAACCUGAUGGAGUACAGACACAGAUGACACCUCAAGACUCUGCAUUUCACCCAGUGCCCCCUAAGACUGAGUUAGAGUCACCAAUCUUUGGAAGUCCGAGGCUAGCAAGUGGGCUGUUCCCAGAAUGGCAGAGCUGGGGAAGAAUGGAGAACUUGGCCUCUUACAGAUGAAUUAAGCAACCUAGUGACUGGUCUUGACCUGUCAUAGUCCCUAUGCAAUUCUAGGUCUGUAUUGCUCAAUAUUAGGAAGUGUCUGCUACUUUCCAUCAGUAGGUUUAGGUUUGAGCUUUUGAGGCCUGGCUACAGAAAAUAGAGCCACUUGGGAACUUAGCAUUGGGGUUCAUAAAGAUGAUGCUACCCAUUUGUUUUGGAGGAUCAAGUAACAGCCUGGGAGCUAUCUUUAUUAUAGUAAUAUUUUUUUAGUGCCCUUCCUCCCUCCCUUGCAGUUCACUAGCUUUCAGGUUGGGGAAGGAGAAGUUGAGGAAGGCCAACGGAGGGUGAUGGAAAGCUGUGUUAAUGGUCUGAGGAACGUGUGAAAGGUGUACACUAAGGGCUCUGAAGCUGAAGUCAGUAGGAGUGGGAGGUCUGAUAAUUGUUGGUGAGAAAAUGUAAGGUUGGCUUGUGUUUUAAAGUUGGUUUUACAGUUUUCUCUUGGAGAAAUAACUCAGAGGGGAAAGAGAUCCAUUCUAUGUACUCUUGUAGAGAAAAGCCAAAUAAACUUUCAGGGUGUUGGAUGGUCUGGGGGAAGAUGAACUAUAAUUCUGGAGACUCGAGAUCUUAAGUGAAAUCUUUCUGUUUAAACGUGGUCUAUCAAAAAUCAUGAGUUGAGGCAAGUUUAACCACAUCUGGCUUUCAAGUCCUAAUGUGACAAGUGACUGUGAUCAAGGCAUCAUACUCGGGUUCUUGGUACAGAACGCUGUCUAAUAAAAGUAAUGCCAUCACCAAUGGCUAGCAUGUCAUGAUGGCCCUUUAUAAGUGCCUUAGUUAAACCAGAACACUGUAGUUGUUUAACCCACAUAUCUGAUAACUCAUGAGUUUUUGGCCUCACAUGAAGGUCCACUCAUUGCUCCUGAAAUACUGUUGUAUCUUCAGGAGUGUUGUCAAUGUACACAACUCACAUCCUUCAUAUUGAAGGUGACUCAUUUUUCUGCUAUGCUUUUUUGAUGUGAAGUUUGAAGUGAGGACUGAGACUAGGGUUCUCAAUGCAAGAAUCCAGUACCUUGAACAUAGAAGUAGCUAUCUCUUGCCUAUUUUUAUCUUGUUUUUAAAAUUUCUUUUGUAGUUAAAAAUGUUUUUUUUUUUAAAUGAAUGUGAACUGUUUGGAAUUUGAGUUCUUUUCAUGUGUGCAUAAAUCCAGUCAGUAAGAUCUCGAGGACAGGAGUCCAAGAAUGUUUGCCGUUAUCAUUGUGCAUGUCCAUUGAAGAAGUGUUGAGAGGAUGCAGUUAAUUUUAACACGUGUUAUCUGCCAUGCUGGAAAAGUACUAGUGGAGUAACUUUGCUGUGACAUUAUUUGAGCUUUGGCUAGCAUACAUAAUUUUUCUACUGUAAAUGUUUGACUUUCGUCUAGCUAUCCUUUGUGGGCUUCUCACUUUAAGAAUAAAUGUGUUUGAUAAAGAUCUGAGACUGUUUUCUUUCUCAAAGUCAUAAUUAGUCAAGUAAGAAACUAUCAACUGACAUUCCUCUGUU